GGGUACUUGCAGGAGCUCCAGCUGGUGUAUAACCAGUUCAAGUCGGCCGUGGAUCUCUUCGAAAAACAAUUAGAGAUGGGGUUCACGUCCGUCAGCGGCGUCGGCAACGACCCGGCCGUCGCGAAGGACCUUGGCGACCGGGCGAUGUUCUUGGCUCACGUCACCCCCUUUUACCCGACCCAGAUGGCCUAUUUCCCCGUCGAGCUCUCCCAGUUUCUCUGCUCCACCGCCCGAAAACUCCCCUCGGGGCUCCGGCUGCAUGUCACCCAAGCUCUCAUUCUUCUCAUGAAUCGAAAGAUGGUUGAUUUGGGAGACACUAUAGCUAUGUUCAUGGAGCUGCAGACGUAUGGGGAUAAGCCUUUGAGAAAGCUGGCAUUUUCUCAUGUGGUUCAUAGCAUAAAGCGAAUGAAUCAGAAGCAUAAGAACGAAGCAAAGAAUCGGGCACUUCAAAAUGUUGUUUUUGAGAUGCUACGGCAAGAGGAUGAAACAAAAGCAAAGAGAGCGCUUAUCACGCUCCGAGAGCUUCACCAGAGAAAGCAGUGGUUUGAUGAAAGAACGGCAAAUGCGAUUUGUACUGCGUGCUUUCAUCCAUCUUCAAGGAUAAUGAUUGCUUGCCUCUCAUUUCUGCUUGAUUACGAGAAGUUUGAAGACGAUGAUAGUGAUGCAUCAAGUAGUGAAGAUGAAGGUCCUCACACAUCUCAAGUAGUCCUUAAUAGAGAGUCUAUUUAUAAGGCACACCAUCAAGGUACAAUUGCUAGCAAGAAGAAAAAGAAAGCAAAACUGCAGCGUGCCAUGCGUAGUAUGAAGAAACAGCAGCGCCUAUCAUCAGAAAAAACUAAUUCAAAUUAUCAUACGCCACUUAACCAUUUGCAAGAUCCGCAGGGAUUUGCUGAGAAACUAUUCUCCCGCCUUCAAACCUGCAAUGAACGAUUUGAGGUCAAGAUGAUGAUGUUGAAAGUAAUUGCUCGCACGAUUGGGCUUCACCGCUUGAUUUUGUUGAACUUUUAUCCUUUCCUUCAGAAAUAUAUUCAGCCUCACCAACGCGAUGUCACAAGUUUACUUGCGGCAGCAGUUCAGGCUUGCCAUGAUAUGGUUCCUCCUGAUGCGGUUCAACCACUGUUCAAACAACUAGUGAAUCAAUUUGUACAUGAUCGCUCACGUCCAGAGGCCAUAGCUGUUGGACUGAAUGUAACAAGGGAGCUAUGUUUACGGAUUCCAUUGUUGAUGACCGAAGAGUUGCUGCAAGAUCUUGCAUUAUAUAAGAAAUCACAUGAGAAAGCAGUUUCAAUAGCAGCGCGCUCACUUAUCAGUUUAUUCAGAGAGAUUUGCCCCUCACUGUUGAUUAAGAAGGACCGUGGACGCCCCACUAACCCCAAGGCAAAACCAAAAGCUUAUGGAGAAGUCAGUGUACUCAGCAAUGUUCCUGGUGUUGAACUGCUAGAAGAAGAUGACGGCAAUGAGGACAGUGAUGAUGCUGAUGAACAUUCAUUCAGCAGCACUGAUGAUGAUAAAGAUGAUGAUCUUGAUCGUGAUGAGAUGGUUGCUUCCAGUGAUGAUGAUGACAACCAGAUGGACAACAGUGAUAGUGGAAGCGAAGAUGAUGGAAUAGAAGAGGAUGCCGUGGCAGCUGAAGAUGAAGAUGGUGAUGAUAGUAUCGAUGAUAAUGACAGUGAUCUCAAUGGGAGUGAGGAUGAGGAUGAGGAUGAGGAAGAAGAAGAGAAUGAGGAGGAAGAAUCCGACAACGAUGAUGCCAAAGGUAGUGGAAUUGGAGUAAAAGACAACAAAGCAAAAAAGAGGAAGUUUGCCAAUUUUGAUAAACAACUUAAUCAUGUUGAAUCAAGUCUUCGGGCUUUGAAGAGAUUGGCCAAAGAGAACAUGGAGCCUGCUUCACUGGACUCAGCUGAUGGUUUUCUUUCUAACGAGGACUUUCAGAGGAUUAAGGAGUUAAAGGCAAAGAAGGAAGCCCAAAUUGCUUUGACGCGGCAGGGAUUAUUGAAGAAGGGCGCAGACGCCAAGUCACCUGCAUUCAAGAUUCCCAGCUCAUCUGAACUGAGCAGUAAGCGAGUAGAUCCUGCGAAGCUUGAAGUCCAUGUAAAGAAAAGGAUGAGCAAGGAGGAGAGACUGGCAUUAGUGAGAGCAGGGCGGGAGGAGAGAGGGAAGUACCAGGCUCGAGCCGCCAUAAAACAGAAGAAGACAGGAGGUAUGAGCAACAAGCAGAAGGAACACAAAAAGCAAAUGCCUAUGGCUGCAAAGAGGGCAAAGGUUGCUAAAUCUCGCGUGGAUAAAAGGAAGCAGCAGCAGCGAUCUGGCAAACAAUUCCGAGGGAAGAAGGCAUGGAAAUGAGGAGCGUUAUCAAUUUUUCUUCCCGUUUUCCCUUUGUGUUUUUUACCUGAAUGAAGAGGGUCCAUGGGGAUGCCAUUUUUGUAGUUGGCAACGUAUGCUUACUCGUAACAAUGUUUAUGAACAUUCCAAACCGAAGUUAAAUUCCGCCA